UUAAAUUUCAGUUCCAACGGUUCCAACUGGUAAAUCCAACGAACUGACAAUGAUUCUAAGACCGUGUUUGGCAAAAAUAAGGCCUUGGCCUUUCCUUCAUUUCAAGAAUCCAUUAAACACCCAUUAUUGUUCUCAUUCAUACGCCAUUAAUUUAGAACAAAACACUCAAAUUCAAUCAACUGAUUCUUCAAAUUAUCCCAAUGCACACUACCUGUUCGACGAAAAUCCUGAAAGAGUUUUUCUAAACAAUCACUUGCUUUUUGAGUAUUCUCGAAAUGGUUUCAAUGAAAAGGCACUGAAUUUGUUUGUGGGUAUUCAUCGUAACGGAUUCUUGAUUGAUGGAUCAAGCCUUUCUUGUAUAUUGAAGGUUUCGACAUGUCUGUUUAAUGUAAUGUUUGGUAAACAAGUGCAUAGUCUUUGUGUAAAAUCAGGUUAUUUUGAUAAUGUUAGUGUUGGGACAUCACUUGUUGAUAUGUACAUGAAAACGGAGAAUGUCGAUGAAGGUCAGAAAAUGUUUGAUGAAAUGGAGGAAAACAAGAAUGUUGUUACUUGGACUUCAUUGCUUUCAGGUUAUUCGUGUAAUAAGCUUGUUGAUAGAGCGUUACAAGUGUUUUGUGUAAUGUUAGUUGAAGGAGUUAAGGCGAACGCGUUUACUUUCGCGACAGUUCUUGGAGUUUUAGCCGAAAAAUGUGCUGUUGAAAAGGGGAUUCAAGUGCAUACUAUGGUUAUUAAAUGUGGUUUUGAGGCGAUAACGUCAGUAGGAAAUUCGUUGAUUAAUAUGUAUUUGAAGUCAGGGAUGGUUAGAGAGGCCACAACUGUGUUUGAUUGUAUGGAAAAUAGGAAUGAAGUAUCUUGGAAUGGCAUGAUAGCUGGUUUGGUGACUAAUGGGCUUUAUUCUGAAGCACUUAAGUUGUUCCACAUGAUGAGACUUGCAGGUGUGGAACUGACGCGAUCAAUUUAUGUUACAGCUGUUAAAUUAUGUACUAACCUUAAAGAAUUGGUUUUUGCAAGACAACUUCACAGUCGGGUUACGAAGAACGGGUUCUAUUUAGACAACAAUAUUAGAACCGCGCUCAUGGUCUCUUAUACUAAGUGUGGGGAGACAGAUGAUGCCUUCAAGUUAUUCUCUAUAAUUCAUACAUUCAGGAAUGUGGUUUCUUGGACAGCAAUGAUUGGAGGGUAUAUGCAGAAUAAUAGACCAGAGCAAGCGGCGAAUCUCUUUUGCCAAAUGAAAAAAGAUGGCAUAAAACCAAAUGAUUUCACUUAUUCAACUAUUCUUGCAGCUCAUCCCUCUAUUUCGCUCUUCCAAGUACAUGCAGAAGUCAUAAAAACUAAGUACCAGGGCUCACCUACAGUAGGAACUGCAUUGUUAGACGCUUAUGUGAAAGCUGGAAAUACUGACGAGGCUUCAAAAGUUUUUGAAGAGAUCGAUGAGAAGGAUAUUAUUGCAUGGUCCGCUAUGUUAUCUGGUUAUGCGCAAAAAGGAGACAUUCAAGGUGCUGUCAGAGUCUUCCGACAAUUAGCCAAAAGUGGGGUCCGGCCAAAUGAGUUUACCUUCUCGAGUGUUAUUAAUGCGUGUGUUACUUCCAUGGCAUCAGUGGAGCAAGGAAAACAAUUUCACGGAAGCGCAAUAAAAUCAGGUCAAAGUAAUGCUUUAUGUGUGAGCAGUGCGUUGGUAACUAUGUACGCUAAGAGAGGAAACAUAGAAAGUGCAAAUGAGAUUUUCAAGAGACAACAAGUAAGAGACUUAGUUUCAUGGAACUCGAUGAUAUCAGGAUACGCUCAACAUGGUAAUGGCAGAAAAGCUCUAAAGAUAUUCGAGGAAAUGCGGAAAAGGAAUUUAGAUAUGGACAAUAUAACGUUCAUUGGAGUUAUCUCUGCGUGUACUCAUGCAGGACUGCUAAAUGAAGGUCAAAAAUAUUUCGACAUGAUGGUAAACGACUUUCAUAUUUCACCAAAAAUGGAGAUAUAUUCUUGCAUGGUAGACUUGUAUAGCCGAGCUGGAAUGCUUGAUAAAGCCAUGGAUCUUGUAAAUAAAAUGCCAUUUCCUGCUGGUGCAGUUGUAUGGCGUACGCUCCUCGCAGCAAGUCGAGUUCAUCGAAAUAUAGAGCUCGGGAAACGUGCGGCCGAGAAUCUUAUUUCUCUUCAGCCUCAGGACUCAUCUGCAUAUGUCCUUUUAUCCAAUCUUUAUGCUGCAACUGGAGAUUGGCAAGAAAGAGCGAAAGUAAGGAAACUAAUGGAUGUGAGAAAAGUUAAAAAAGAGAUUGGUUAUAGUUGGAUUGAGGUUAAAAACAAGACCUACUCGUUCAUGGCGGGUGAUGUUUCACAUCCCUUAUCUGAUAAUAUAUACAUGAAACUUGAUGAGUUAAGUGUCCGAUUGAAGGAUGAAGGAUAUCAACCGGAUAUGAAUUAUGUUCUUCAUGAUGUGGAAGAUGAACAUAAAGAAGCUAUUCUUUCUCGGCAUAGUGAAAGGUUAGCUAUUGCUUUUGGAUUAAUUGCCACAUCUCCGGGAAUUCCCAUCCAGAUUGUGAAGAAUCUCAGAGUCUGUGGUGACUGUCAUACUGUUAUUAAGUUAAUAUCAAAGAUAGAGGGAAGGGAAAUCGUUGUCAGGGACUCAAACAGAUUCCAUCACUUCGAAGGAGGUCUAUGCUCUUGUGGUGAUUAUUGGUGAAUUCAAGCUCUUUGGAACACCUGUAUCCAAAGUUGCACUCAAUUAUCACUAAUGGUUGUUAUGUUCAUGGAUUCAAACUUUGAUAGUGCAUGGUCAAGAGGAAGAAACAGAGAAUAUUCCAGCUUCAGAUAUAUGGGGAGUCGAGAGGUUCUAUUUACGGACUGAGGGAUAGAAAAGCUGUCAUUUUGGCCAAUAUUAGGAACAGUUGACAGACACUGAUCUGCCUUAUAUAUAUAUCAGAAGGAUUCAUUUGAGGGAGGUUUAGGUUUUUCCUGCAGCUGCGCCUCUUGUCGCUUACCAAGACUCAACGAUGAUGAUCAACUAGCAGCCCUUUGAUUUCUAACCUUCUUUCUGAUUAUGUUUUCAUUAGAAUCUAACCUUGAUCAUGCCAAACUCAUGAAGGACGUGGAAAUGUUCGUAGUCCGGGUAGGACCAUUCAGUAACGCCUUUUGACAAACAGCUGAAACUAUAGAGAUCUCUUGCUACCCCAUAAUAACCUCUUCCAGAUAUAUUCUCAGUGGUGAUAGUGAUUCAGAUACUGGUAACAUGAAGCUUCAAACUCAAUUGCUUAUGGGGAAGUAGCUGCAAAGGCAAGGAAAAAAGAAACUGGAAUAGCAGCCUAGCGCAUAUGUGCUGGAAUCAAGCUUUUCCUUUUGCUGACCUUUGUGCGCGUAUGCAUCAGACUUGAAACCCACCAUGGUUCCCUCGUUUCUGUUCCUUGGUAAGCGGACCGUGGGAGCAUGGGGGCGAUAUGUACUUUUGACUGAUAGAAAGCGUCACUCUUUUGUCCCUCCGGAGCGAACUCACCAAAAAAAUCACAAUAGUAAAAGUUGUUCUUGUCUGGAGAUUACCGUUGGGGACAUCUUUAUCUGAGAGGAAGGAGGCUUCUAGGAUGUCUUAGAGGAGUCUUGUAUGGCUUCUAGACAAAAGGGUUCUUGACAAGACAAGGGUUUUAACCAGAGAUUCUAAAUGAUGUCCUUAAUUCCUAUCGGCUAUCAUGAGCUAAAUAAAUUUACUCUCUGGUUUGAUGAUGGAUCGUUGAUUGAUCUUAUUGAGUACCUUGUAUUGUUUGGCUGUCAUUCUUGCUUCCUAUGAAUGAUGGAUGAGUUGUUUAUUCUAUCCUGUACUUCAUGUUUCUAUUUAAAAAAGUUUCAAUUACAUUGUUCAAGUAAAUUCAAAAGGAACUUGGAAAGAGCAGAUUUGAACUUAAACUUGAGAUUGAAUAGCAUUGA